CAUUUCUCCAAACACUACAACUGUGAUUGUACUGUUGAACGCUUUGAAGAAUAGAUCAAACGGCUUGAAACGAAUGUUUAGAUUUUUUAAGCUUUAGAUGAGCGAUAAAAGGCAGCGAGCGAGAGUCCAGGGCUCCUGGGCCAAACCUGUUCAGAAACUACAGCGGCCAUCUGAUCAAGAUGUCCAAUCGGGAUCAUGGAAAUCUGGACCACAAUCUUUUGAGUUCCAUCAGCCAGCUGACCCCAUCAGAAAGGUUCCUGCAGAGAACGUGAUUGAAGAUGCUGGUGACUAUGAGAUUAGUCAAGGGCCUUCUGGAGUGUCCCGACUGCGACUCAUACCAGGGUUUCUGCUACAGGAAGAGGCUGACUGGAUGUUUAGCAAAUUACUCACUGAACUGCCCUGGUCACAAAAGACUAACUAUAGAAUGAUGGGGGAUGCAUAUGAGGAGCCCAGGCUGACCUGUUGGUAUGGAGAACUGCCAUAUACAUAUUCACGAUCCACUAUGGAAGCAAACGCUGAGUGGCAUCCCGUUCUCACUACUCUGCGUCUGGCUGUUGAGCAGAGAAAAGUGGCCACAAGUUUAACUCCUUACUGGUGUAAUCUGUACCGGGACGGUAAAGACAGCAUUGGUUGGCACAGUGACAGUGAGCUCUUAGGACCCGAGCCCAUCAUCGCCUCUCUGAGUCUGGGAGACACUAGAGUCUUCAGCCUUCGAAAGCAGCCGCUUCCUGAAGAUAAAGGAGAUUUCACCUAUGUGGAGCGCAUACGCGUCCCGCUGGCCCACGGCACACUGAUGCUGAUGGAGGGCUGCACGCAGACGGACUGGCAGCACCAGGUGGCAAAGGAGUACCAUGACCGCGGGCCACGAAUAAACCUCACUUUCCGCACCAUAUAUCCAGAACCAGAGCGUCGCGGUGGGAGAUUUGUAAGAUGAUUGCUGGGAGAAGAACUCAGAAGAGGUCUGUGAUUGAGACACACAACCGUUAAACACCUUUUGGUUCAGUUUAUAUAAUUUAUUUAAGUGUGAAUGUUCACGUUCGUGUAAAUAAAUAGUUUGGCUAUAUAGCAUUCUUAUAAUUUUCUCACAGCAGUUGUUCACAAAAUUGCUUUUGUUAUCAAAAACAUUUAUAGGUAAUACUUGUUUACGACCUUUGGAAAAUAUACGUCAAAUAAACAGUGCCUUGUGGCCUAUAUUUCAGUUAUAGUCCACCAAAGGCUGUUUUUAGGGAUGAUUUGUUUAAUAAAUGUUGCAUGUUCUGCAAUUUUUUCAUUUAUUUCUUGUGGUAAUAAACCUUAAUUACAAACAUUUGUUUAAGGCUAUUAUGGGGUUUGUUAGAGUACUGCUCAGAAGGUUUUUUUUGAAGAAGUUUUUUAUUUUCUCUUUCAUUUAAUUAAAAAUACUGUGAACUGUAUCCUUGCUUUAUAAACAAUUAAGUUAAAAUAAAAAAAAACUCAUUAGCUUAGUGUGUGCGCGUUCAUUCCAUGCUAUAGUUCUCACUAUUACAUUAUCUACAUAUUUUAUGCUAUUUAACGUGCAUUGUAGA